ACUGUCGCCAGUGUCGUUCUAAUCGCUAGCGAAGGUGGUUGUGUACGUUUAUUGCAAUAGCAUUCAAAACUCUUUACGUAAAACGUAUAGAUAUUUUGAAUGAUGAAAGGACAAAGUGCAUGUAUGUGAUUUGUGAAUUAUAGUGCAUGAAUCAAGGGUGUAUACUAUAAGUGUAAUUUAACAGUUUUCUCGCGAUUUUCAUGGUAAAAUCGCAAGCAAUACGUAAACGGAACUGAAACUUGGAUUUUCUGUAUUUUCUGCAAGGCGCAAUGCGGUGCUGACAAGCCGUGAUGAUGAGGCUCGAGGCGACCGACAAGCAUCGCUACCACAAUCUGCUAGAUGACGACCAUGCUAAUGAAAUGCUAGAGAGCGAAGGGGCCGGGCUGGCCGCGCGGGUGGCCGAGCUAGAAGUGCGGUGUUCCCGCCAGGCGGAGGAGCUACUAUGCCUCCGGUCCACACUAGCCGAUGCUCUGCGAAGGUUAAACGCGCUAGAGGGACGCGCACCGGCUACAGCAAGCGCACCUAGGAACGGCACAUAUACUGGAUCAACAGGCACCCCCACACGAGAGCUGCGCAUCACAAGACAGUCCACAUACCGGGAGACAGCGAAACGCAGUUCCAGCUAUGGAUCCAGUGCAUCAUCGUUACCUCAGAGACGCGGCCCCCAGCACCAAUCAACGGGCUCCCUCCAGUCCGACUCGCCGGCGUCCUCCUCGUCCCUCUCCCCCGCGCCGUCCCCGUCGCCCCGCGCGACCCCCGCACCGCACCACGUGCCCGCACCACAGCCGUAUAGAUCGCGCAAUAGCUCGACGUCCAGCAACCAGAGCCCAUCACCAGGUGCGACCCUCACCAAGCGAUGGAACUCCACCGGCGACUUCACGGCGCAAGGACUGCUGCCGAAUGCGAGGUUUACAACAACCAAGUCGUUGCUAAAUUUGUAUUCUAAGCCGUCGCAGAACGGGCCUAUUUUAAAACACGGCACGCACACGUGUCAAUACAAUGAGGAAGAUGGCUCCAUGCGUAUGUACCUCCGCGGUAGACCCGUGGUCCUGUACGGGCCCAGCGAGCACGAUACCCUGGACCCGGCGAAGGUGGCCCCGCCGCCGCAGAACAAGCUCAAGCUGGAGUGGGUGUACGGGUAUAGAGGCAAAGACUGCCGCAGCAACCUCUACCUCCUCCCAACCGGGGAGAUAGUGUACUUCGUGGCUGCUGUAGUGGUUCUCUUUAACGUUGAGGAACAAUGCCAGAGACACUACACGGGGCAUACUGAUGACGUCAAGUGUAUCGCUAUACACCCCAAUAAGCUGAUCAUUGCUAGUGGUCAGUGUGCUGGACAUGACCGGGUUGAUGCUAGGCCACACAUCCGCGUCUGGAACUCCGUAUCCCUAGCUACCCUAGCAGUCCUUGGCGCUGGUCAACUCGACCGUGCAGUCUCCUGCCUUACCUUCUCUAGAGCGGACGGUGGAACGUUAUUAGCUGCGGUGGACGAUGGACCCGACCAUUCGAUCAGUGUAUGGGACUGGCAACGACCGGAUAGGCCGUGCUUGGCUGAGACUAAGUGUUCAGUAGACACGGUAGUCGCAGCGGAAUUCCACCCGCUAGACAAAAACCAAAUAGUGACGUGCGGCAAGGGACACAUCGCGUUCUGGACCCUCGACGCGUCCAAUGUGCUCUUCAAGAAGAUGGGCAUCUUUGAGACACGGGAUAAACCUAAAUACGUGACCUGUCUGGGAUUUAAUCAUAAUGGCGACGUAAUAUCGGGCGACAGCAACGGCAACCUGAUCGCGUGGGGCCGCGGCACGAACACGAUCAGCAAGCUCGUGCGCGGCGUGCACAACGGCGCCGUGUUCAGCGUCUGCUCGCGCAAGGACGGCGCGCUGCUGUCUGCUGGCGGCAAGGACGGGCGGCUCGUGCUGCUGGACGCGCUGCUGCAGCCCGCCGGCACCGAGCGCGUGAUCGAAGGUCACUACGGCGGUAUACGCGUGAUAGCGGAAGGUCGCGGGUCGCAGCUCUACAUCGGCACUACACGGAAUUGUAUCCUACAUGGUGAUCUGGAACUCGGCUUCACACCUGCUGUGCUUGGUCACGUAGACGAAGUAUGGGGUCUAGCCGCUCAUCCAACCUUACCCCAAUUCGUAUCUGGCGGUUGGGACAAACUACUUCAACUAUGGGACGGACUCAGCCAUUCUACUGUUUGGAGUAAGGAUAUUGAGGAGCGUGCCCAAAGCUGCGCUUGGUCAUCUGACGGCAGCGUGAUCGCAGUGGGCUGUACGAGCGGGAAAUGGCUCGUCUUUGACCCAAUCUCUAGAGAUUUAGUUUCACAACACCAGGAUGGCACGGAGCCAAUCCAGACCAUCCAAUAUUCACCAGACAACAAGCUGGUGGCCAUCGGCUCGAGGGAUAACUUCAUUUAUAUUUACCAAGUGGACGACGAUUGUACGAGAUACUCCAGACUUGGCAAGUGCUUGGGUCACUCCAGCUUUAUAACCCACCUGGAUUGGUCUGAAGACAGUCAAUACAUCAGAAGUAACUCUGGAGACUAUGAAUUACUUUACUGGAACGCCACCACGUGCCGGCAGAUCCCCAGCCCCACGGCGCUGCGGGACGUGGUGUGGGCCAGCGCCACGUGCCCCAUCACCUUCCGCACCGUCGGCGUGUGGCCGGACAGCGCCGACGGCACUGAUGUCAACUCGUGUGCCCGAUCCCAUGAUGGCCGACUGGCCGCAACGGGCGAUGACUUCGGCAAAGUGAAACUCUACGCCUAUCCUGUAACACAACCUAAGUCGCUAUGUCACCAAUACGGCGGCCAUUCCUCCCACGUGACAAGCGUGCGGUUCUUACCCGAUGAUUCCAGACUUAUCUCCGGCGGAGGACUCGAUACUAGCAUCAUGCAAUGGAUUGUUGAUUAAGUGUUGCCAGCUUACUGACAAUAUAAACUGGCAAUAUGGUACAGCUUUUUGUUUGUGUUGCUAUUUUACUGUCAACAUUUAUAAUAAGGCAACUUCAUGGAUUAACUGAAAAACAAAGUAAGAAGAUAGAUGCAAUGGUUGGAAGUGUUGCCAGCUGUUCCCACUUUCAGUAUAAAAUACACGAAUAACUGUCAUUUUUAUGAAUUGGCAACAGUAGCUGGCAACCCGGAUUGACUGAACAAAACUAGCAACAUCGCCAACACUGAAAUUGUGGAGAAUCGCGAUGUAUUAAAAUUGUAUGUGUUUAGAAAAUGUUACCAAAAAUUUAGAAACAAUUGACAACAAUAUGUUAGUUGAUCGUAUUGGUAACAUUUUUAGUGCUGUCAGAAUUAAAAAUUUAAAGCUAUUCAUUGUUUGUAAUCUUAUUUUAAAGCAGCACUUCGAUUAGAAACAUCACGGAAAGUCAAUUAUUGUAUCGCAAAAUGCUAAAAUAAAAAGCAUUUCAAUGUAUGAAAAAUAAUAUUGAACAAAUUGACUUAAAAAAAUUU